AGUCUCCGCAACACCGCUGCCCUAAAAUACCGUAUUUACAUUUAUGCAGCAACAAAUGGGGAACUGUAGGCUACCGUAAAGAUCUGAGUAGGUUGAUUCUACAGUAUGGGAAACCCAUGGACAGACUCGCUGUGGGAACUCAGAAGUUGUCUCUGUCUGUCUCCUGUCUGUCCCGCUGUCUCAGGUCUGUGAAGGUAAAGAUGUCUCUGGUCGAGCUGGAGGUACCGUCUCCCCUCGUGCGCAGGAGGGUGCACGUUGAGCGCGUGCUGCGGCUGCAGUGAUCAAAUACCUGUCAUCUCUUACUAGCUGCGCUGCGUGCUUGAUAUUACCGACUGAACGGAGGAUUUACUGGGAACGGGAACUGAGAACAUACCGGCCCAAACCCCCUCCGACUGGACACCGAUGGCUUCAUGACCCUCUGUGUUCUAAUGACUGCUGGAGUGCAGUCGAGCUGACAGGAGCUUUUUCUGUGGAUUACUUGGAACACACACACACACACACACACACACACACACACCCUUGCUGUAAACCUCUCUGGUCAAGAUGAGAGGCCUCCUGCUGAUUACCAUUCUCCUCCUGCCGGUGGUGUGCUCCAUGUAUUCCGAGAACUCAGACUGUGUGGUCAAAAGACAGCAGGAGAGAUGUAUGGAGAGGAUCGCCCUGCACAACCUAACACACUACCUGGAUAAUGGCUGUCCGUGGAUGUGGGACGACCUGGCUUGUUGGCAGGAUGCAGCCGUAGGUGAAGUGGUAUCAGUCAGAUGUCCUGAAGUCUUUCAUGACCUCCUGAGUCCUGACGAUGAGAUUGGUUGGAUCAGUAGGAACUGUACAGCAGAGGGCUGGUCAGAAACAUUUCCUCACUACGUUGACGCCUGUCUGUCAGACGAUAACACCACCAGACCGGACAUGCACUAUGAGUCUGUGAAAGCUCUGUACACAGCAGGAUACAGCACCUCUUUGGUCUCUCUCACCACCGCCAUGACUAUACUCUGCAGGUUCAGGAAGCUCCACUGUACCAGGAACUAUAUCCAUAUGAACCUGUUCGUCUCCUUCAUGCUGAGAGCUAUCUCUGUGUUCAUCAAGGACGGGGUUCUGUACACCCAGGAGGAAGAGAACCACUGCUUCAGACACACCGUGGAGUGUAAAGCAGUCAUGGUAUUAUUCCACUACUGUGUGAUGUCCAACUACUUCUGGCUGUUCAUCGAAGGCCUGUACCUCUUCACCCUGCUGGUCCAAACCUUCUUCCCAGAGAGGCGGUACUUCUACUGGUACACCGUGGUAGGGUGGGGUACUCCCACCAUUUGUGUAACUGUCUGGGCUGCUCUGAGGCUUCACUUUGACGACACAAGUUGCUGGGAUACCAACAACACCACUGCCCUCUGGUGGGUGAUCAAGGGACCUACGGUCGUCUCCAUCAUGAUCAACUUUGUCCUGUUUGUUGGGAUCAUAGUCAUUCUGGUCCAGAAGCUGCAGUCUCCUGACAUCAGAGGGAAUGAGUCCAGUAUCUACCUCAGCUGUGCUCAGAAAUGCUUCAGUGAGCCCACUCAGGCUGUACAACAUUCCUGCAGGAUGUCAGAGCUAUCAGUCAUCACACUGCGUCUGGCUCGGUCCACCCUUUUACUCAUCCCCCUCUUCGGGAUCCACUACACUGUGUUUGCCUUCUCACCAGAGGACGUCAGCAAGAAGGAGAGGCUGGUGUUUGAGCUGGGCCUGGGAUCUUUCCAGGGUUUUGUUGUGGCUGUCCUCUACUGUUUCCUCAAUGGAGAGGUGCAGUCUGAGAUCAAGAGGAAGUGGCGUAGCUGGAGGGUGAACCGGUACUUUACCGUGGAUCUGAAGCAUCAGCAGCGCCACCCAUCCCUGGUCAGCAGCGGUGUCAACGGAGGAACACAGCUCUCCAUGCUCAGUUCCAAGAGCUCCUCCGCCUUACAGAUACGCAUGGUGGGCCCCCUGGCCGAGACACCGUCCACACUCAACCUGCCCACCUGAUUGGCUGAGACACCAUCCACACUCAACCUGCCCACCUGAUUGUCUCAAACCCCUGGCCGAGACACCGUCCACACUCAACCUGCCCACCUGAUUGUCUCAAACCCCUGGCCGAGACACUGUCCACACUCAACCUGCCCACCUGAUUGGCUGAGACACCGUCCACACUCAACCUGCCCACCUGAUUGUCUCAAACCCCUGGCCGAGACACCGUCCACACUCAACCUGCCCACCUGAUUGUCUCAAACCCCUGGCCGAGACACCGUCCACACUCAACCUGCCCACCUGAUUGUCUCAAACCCCUGGCCGAGACACCGUCCACACUCAACCUGCCCACCUGAUUGUCUCAAACCCCUGG